UCUAAUUUGUAGUCCUGUGUAGACCGAGCCUCCAGAGCUGUUGGCUGCGAGGGGUGGAAUCCCAGCCUUUACCUCAGUGGAUUAUGAGUUUCCUGAACUCAGGGAUAACCAGCCAGCUCUUGGAUUUACUCUCUUUUACUUGCAUGGUUGGAGGGGUGCCUGGAUCACACAGCCUCGAAUCUUGUGCCUGAAAUCCUCAUGCCCCGGAGGACAUCAGAAAUCUCAGACUACCACUAUUGCAAGGCCCCGGGAGAUGAGCACACUGAUGUCUGAGGCAAAAGAACUGGAACAAGGACACUCAUAGCUUUUCGAGACAGCCAGCGAGAGAGGGAACACAGCAGGGGGAGUGGGAGAGGAAGAAGCAGGCUCCUAGUGGAGGAGCCUGAUGUCGGGCUCAUCCCAGAACACCGGGAUCACGCCCUGAGCCGAAGGCAGAUGCUUAACGACUGCGCCACCCAGGAUUUACAGAUUUCUUCAUAGAAGUAUUACACAUCUUUUGUUAGAUUCAUUCUAAUCUUUUGUUUCUACCAAUUUGACAGUGUACAUGGCGACUGAUGGCAAUACUCUCCAGGUUCCCUUGCGUCAGAAGCAGAGAAAGAAAACUCAAGGGUUCUUCACGAUGAGUCGGAGGAGGAUAUCCUGUAAAGACCUGGGACAUGCUGACUGCCAAGGGUGGCUAUAUAAGAAAAAGGAAAAAGGAACUUUCCUGGGCAACAAAUGGAAAAAGUUCUGGGUAGUGCUGAAGGGAACGUCGCUAUAUUGGUACAGCAAUCAAAUGGCAGAGAAGGCUGAUGGAUUUGUCAACCUGCCUGAUUUCACUGUGGAGAGAGCAUCCGAAUGCAAGAAAAAGCAUGCUUUUAAGAUCAGCCAUCCACAGAUCAAGACCUUUUAUUUUGCAGCUGAGAAUGCACAAGAAAUGAGUGUGUGGUUAAACAAGCUUGGGUUAGCUGUAAUCUACCAUGAAUCUGGUACAAAGGAUGAAGAAUGCUACAGUGAGAGUGAACAGGAGGACCCUGAAAUAGCUGCGGAGACACCACCCCCUCCAUACUCCGCGGAGACUUUCUCUCCUUUGGCUGCCCAGCAGGCGUCUUCCUCUUCACCCAAAUCCUGUUCUUCCUCUUCCUCGGAAAGUACAAUCAAGACACAAAGCAGUGUGGCCUGCUUAUCUAGAGAGAGGCAGUCCUGGACUGACAUGGUGCAUAGUUCCGCCGCUGUGGACGACGACGGACAGUCUAUAACUUUCGCUGUGCAGGUUCACUCACCUGCACCCUCAGAGGCAAACAGCUGCAGGGCUCUGGAAAAUAGCCUUGCCACAUCGGAAAGUGGAUUUUUGAACUCUUUGUCUAGUGAUGACACUUCUUCACUGACUAGCAACCUGGACCAUCUUAUUGUCCCAGACAAGCCCACUGGAUCAAAGAUGGCAGACAGAGAAGAAACAAAAUUGUCUGAAGAUGAUGAAAUGGAGAAACUCUACAAAUCAUUAGAACAAGCUAGUCUCUCUCCUCUUGGGGACCGUCGACCUUCAACCAAAAAGGAGUUGAGGAAGUCCUUUGUUAAGCGAUGUAAGAAUCCAUCCAUAAAUGAGAAACUUCACAAAAUCCGAACCUUGAAUAGCACAUUGAAGUGUAAAGAACAUGACCUGGCCAUGAUCAACCAGUUGCUGGAUGAUCCGAAGCUGACGGCCAGGAAAUACAGGGAGUGGAAGGAGGUGAACACCCUGUUGGUCCAGGAUAUCUACGAGCAGCAGCGGCGGGCCCCCACGUCUGCCCAGGAAGACACCCCCGAGGGACUCAAGAAACCACCUUCUGCCCGUGUUGAAAACUCUAUUUGAGAACAAGCCAGCGUUCUCUCCCCUGGUAACUUACCCUAAGGGACUCUUCGGGAGGUUGCAAGGGCUUUCCUUCAAAGGAAAACUGAAACCAGUUCCUCAAGCAUUGGCUCCUUCUCCAAAGAGGCAGCUGAGGCAAAGACCCACUCGGACGGCAGCAGGGCUCCUCAUCCUGGUUGGAGUGCUUUCAUCGAGGCUGGAGGGAUUGAGCCCAGUUGAACGAACACCGUGUUCCUACUCCGAGCUCUCAGUGACGCUAGGCUUUAAGUGGGAUGUGAGGAGUCUAUGUUCCUUGCUCUCAAGAGAACCACGCUGUUCUAUGGACAAAAGUCACAUUAUACCAGGGAGAAUUAUUCAUAGAAAUGUUCUGUUUUCCAAAGAAGAAUAUCCAUAUUCCCCCGGGUUGGGUAGUGGAAUUCCUCAAAUCAUUUCUUGGAGUGGAGGAACAUGUUUCACAGCAGAACCUGGAAGGGGACAAAUGUGGUUUUGUGAAACCCAGAUCUCUUGCCUUUGGUCUGGAAUGGUGGUGCCUUUUCCACGAGCUGAGAAAUGCUUCGUGGUGAUUGGUGUGUGGGAGAGCCCGAGGCGGGAGACAGAUCCUAUUGAAACCCUCUCAAAGGACAGCUUGAUGUUUCCACACUUGACCCAGGGCCUGGGGAUCUGAUUAAAGCUUCCUUUCCACAGAACAGCUAAAGAAAUCUAUCUCAUUACGCGUAGAGACCUCCACUCCCUCCUCGCUUUUCUAAACCACUGCAGGAGAUAGAAAUAUGUCCAGCAAGGAAUGUUUGCUGCUUUUGUCCCUGGGAGUGGUGCCUACACACAGUGUCGAUUUACAUCCCGUUUCCCCAGGAUCAAGAUUGACAAGCUAAUUCUGGUGUCUGAAUGGGUUUGAUAUCUUUACUCCAAAACCCAACAAAAACAACAAAAGAGUUAAAAUAUGAUGUUUUAUUUUUGUAUGUUUGUGUCACUUUGUGUCCUAUGUGAAUAGCUAUCUAUAAUAUGUUUGUUAUUUAAGUAUAUUUAUAGACGGUCAAAUUACUAGUGUUUUAAAAGAUGGUAAAGUAAUUAUAUGUUUUGCUCAAUAUAUAUUCUCCAAGUAUAUACAUUUUGCUUGAGAAAAUAGGAAUACUGUUGAUUCACUGGAGUUAUUAUGUUGCACUAUAACGUAUGAGGAAUGCUCAGGAUAUCUUGUGGGAUAAAUGUGGAGGCAUGCUUUUAUAAUUGUUCAUUUUCUAGCUUCUCUUUCUCUCUUUCUCUCUCUGCCUCUCUUUCUCAACCCAGAGAGCUCAGAAUUCUUAAUCAGAAAAGGAGUUAGGUUAUUUCUUCUAGUAAAUAAACUUUUUAAGCUUUAUGCCAUUUAUGCCCACAAACCCUAAACCAAAUGAAACACAACUAAUAUAGUCUAAGGUCUAAUAGAAAUUUUGGGGUCUGCUGUUAAAGAGAACUCAUUUUAUUAGAGAAGUAAUAUGAAAAUUGUCCCUUAUUAAUCACCAUGAGUAUUUUUCAUCCUACGAAUAACCACAACCCACCAAAAACCCAUUUUGCCCUUACCCCUAGCUUAAAUUGUCAGCCCAACACGCCUUGCUUCAGAGAGUCAUGUGUGGCUUGACAUUCAAAUGGAAAUAACCCUCUGAAUUUUAUAUGCAGACCAAAUGGAAAGAGUCCUUGAAGGUUUCCCCCAGCUUUACUCAGAAGUGUUAAAACUUUGUAAACAAAAACAGUCUUAGUGUUAAGAAAAAAAAAAAAAACAGGAAAUGAGUCAGCAUACUACAAGCUUCUGUAAAAUAAGGGGGCAUGUCAGGCAGUAUGGCCUAACCAACCUUUAGGGGCACCUGUUCCUAGUGGAAUGUGUUGUGGGGAAGGACACAGGCUAUACAGAAGCAGGGGUUUGGGGGGGGGGCUUACUGUGAAUUUACUGUUGGCUCUGGGGCUGGAGAGAAGUCCUCAGAUGGGACCCCCGAAACUUCUGCUUUGAGAAGCCAGCACUUUCGUCUACUUCCUCUGAGAAUUACCAUUGAUUAUUUCUACAAUCAGCAGGUGAUAGAAGGUUCAUUGUUUAGGAUUUACAAUGUAGAGAAAAUGUUGAGGGAAGGAGAAGUCCUAAGGGAGGAGGUAAUCACUGGGCAAAGUUUUCUUCCACCUUCUUUGACCUGGCUUGAGAUACCAACCUAGAAACUUCUAAACAAUCUUUUUAAAUUGAGGUCCUCCAGAAGCUAUUGGCCAGGGCUUGUGAAUACACUUCAGUGCUUUGUUUCGGCAUUUAACUGACCAUUUAGUGAGAAUUCCUUUGGGGACGCUCAAAGGCAGAAUGGUCCAUGAGAUUACCGAGUCAGACCUUUCAGUUAUUUUUCAAAGUCGUCAGUCUAGAAGCUUUGGCUUCCGUGAGCGCACUUACUCCGCAGAAGCUCCCCAGAUGGCAGACCGAACUGCCCGGUCUCGCACCCCCUCUUCGAGACCAAGCUCGCCUGCUUCUCAGUGUAGGCCCGUCUGUAAACGCUUUCGCUCUGCGUUACCUUGUGUUAGGAAGUAGGGGGCUGCCUCUGUGAGGUCCCAGCUUCAGCUGUGGCUACUGAGAGGAAGUGGGGGUGGGGGGCAGUAGGAAGCGACGGAGUGGGCGACACUUUCCAUGACAUGCCAUUUAGGAAUAACCCUGCCAUUUUUCUGGUGCAAAGGGUAUUGGGAAGACUGGAUUACUUUCAGUUUAUUCCUGGGAAUUGGGGCAUCUCUGAAAUGGAUUUUGGGUAGUUUCAUGGAGUCUAAGGGGUGACUCUUUUACCCACUCCUGAAGACAUAGUGUCUGAGGGCUGUGGAAUGACCUAGAAUCACGGCGGCUCAGGAAGCAGAGGAUCGGAGCAGAAUCGGGUCCAACCCUGUGGCCCUGGCUGUGGGUUAGGAUCCGGAUGGGACUCCUCUUUGGGGCUGCAGGGAGGACCCCGUCUCUCUGUGGUUAGCCUGUAGACCCAGACUAGUGCCUGAUAAGAUGCCUCUGUGGCUGGUACAUUGCAGCACCUUCCCAGCUGAACGGUCCCACAGCCGACGGGCAUGCACUGCUGUAGGAUAAUUUUGAUAGUAUAAUACUGGCACUGUCUCAGCGUAGCAACACAGACCCAGGAAGAAUCAUAAAGGAAAGUACUGCAAAGACUCCAGGAAGCCUAAGAAAAAUUGUGUUUGGAGUCAGAGUUCAAUGUGAAACCCAAAAAUUGUGUUUGGAGUCAGAGUUCAAUGUGAAACCCAAGCCUUAUAUUUAUGUAGCACUUUGUAGUUUGCAAACCUGUAUGUUCAGGCUCCCCCUUCCCUCCCCAGUGGUCUUUGCGAGGAUGAUGGUGGAUUAUCAUUCCUCCUUAAUCACGGGGGAGGAAAUAAGCCCCUCUCACCCCUCUCUCUCUUCCCUUUACCUCCUGCAGUCACCGUUGGGUCCCAGCCCUGUGACCUGCGGUGUGGGUGAACUGCGCUGCACCGGGCACACGGCUGUGGGGGCUUUUGUGAAGUCAGCCACUGGAAACCCGAGGGACCCCUUUUCCUUGAGCAUAGGCUCCUCCUCGGGGCUGAAGGGCCUCUGUCCCUCCUGUGGCCGGGGCUGCUGGGCUGACUGGAUUGCGGUGUGACCUAGUCACUCUGUGUCUCCUUUCCUUCCUUCUGGAAAUUAUACUGCUUGUUAGGUGCUGGGAGAUCCUUGGGUGAAAGAGGUAGUUAAAGAAAUGGAAUUCAUUUAUUUUCUUUAAAAGAGUGCCAGGAGUGUGACUAGGAGUUAGGCCCUCCACCUUCCUCUCCCAAUUCCUUCUCCUGUAAUUACGGUAGCUUCCUCAGAUAGGCUUGAAAUGACAAACAAUACCACAGAGCUGAAACAGAUAAAAAGAAAACACACUUUUAACUCUUUUGAGGAGAGGUACUAGACAAAUUCCAGCCAUAUUUAAAUUCAUGGACACACACGUCUUUUAAGAUACUCUCCUUGAAAGGUAAUAUUUUGUUAUAUAGUCACACAGAAGAUUUAAGUGAGUAAUUUAGGUAUAGAGGAUGCCUAUCCAAAACAAGCCAAUAUAAUAAAAAUAACCAAUAACUUUUGGUUAGUUUUAGUGUACAUCUCUUCUUCAGUCUAAUAAAACAUGAUAUUUGAGAUUUCCCAUUUUAUUUUCCUUCCAAUUUUUUGUGUGCUUACCUCACAAGAGAAAUCGAGUCCUAGAAAUGUCAGGUGACCUCCCUGCUAGGGUUUUGUAAUGUGUAAUUAAGGAAAGCCCCUGAAACUAGAUUUUAAUAACCCAUAUGAAAUGGGUGGGGGAGGAGGAAUAAUUCUAAUCUUCACAGGAAGCCGCCCCUUUCUGUGAGCAAGAUACUGAACAGCUCCAUGGUUUUCUAUGUUGUGAGGGAAGAAGAAAUUUCCUUGCUUCCUCUGCACAUUUUUCCUCUUUCCCAUACUACCACAGACCACAGAAAACAUGAGAAAUGAUUCUACAUUUUAAAAAGUUCUUCCAUAUCUCUUCCCGUGAGACUUAACGGCUCUAUAUUGAUAUUUCUCUAUGUUGAGUCCAAAGGGGAAGCAUGCUCCGUGGAGUCAUUUAGCAUCCCAUAAUAAACACCAGGAUUUGUAAUCACCAUAGACUUUGAUGUCCUUGAAUGAUGGGGAUGUGACUUUUAGCACUGCAUGGUGUUUGGGGCAAGAUGACGAUGUGGGAAUGAUCUCUUCGAUCUCAUUGUGCUUUCAUUCUCUGUCACCUGUCCUCUUUGAACUGGAAGAAGAGGCAUGGCUCAUUUCUUCUGCUUUAUGUUUUUCAGAUUGACUUGUAAGAUACAAAUAAAAACAAGAGAAAAUAUAUCUAGUAAAAUGACAUAGAAAAAAA